CUCUCUCUCUCUCUCCACUCCUUUUGCUCGUAAUUGUACCGACAUGGCUCCGAGCAAAUGGGAUUUCUCUGUUUCUGCUUAGAACUCACUAAUUAAGCUCUGCUUCCACUUCUUCCACAAGUUACUGCUGUUGGAUUCUUCUUCAUCAAACUCUUUGUUGAAGGGCAUUGGAUGAAAUAUACGAAUUCGAACUAAGUAAGUGAAAGUACUUGUUUCUGAUCCAGAUCAUUCUAAUUAGAGGAAGAAAAUGGCUAUGCAAACUGUUCAUUACAAAGAACAUGAAGGACUUGGGCAGCUGUCAUCAGUGUUACCUUGGUGGGGUACCGCCUUUGGAUCUCAACAAGCUUAUGGUGAAUCCUGUGGCCACUCUAAACCUUUCACCAUGGAGCUUCCAAAUAGUGGAAACAAACUCACUGCCACUAAGCAACCAGGGCGGGGCACUGAGCAAGGACUGGAUAAAGAGAUCACAAAUCAGUUUACCAUGUUCCCUGGGGACGGGAAAAAAUCUCAGCCAGAUAUCUCUCUGCAAUCAUCCCCACCAAAAUAUCGUGGUCAUUUUGAGCUGGGGUUCAACCAGCCUGUGAUUUGUGCAAAAUAUCCGUACAUGGAUCAAUGUUAUGGACUGUUCUCAACAUAUGGAUCUCAAGUUUCGGGACGCGUGAUGCUGCCGCUGAAUUUGACUACAGAUGAAGGACCAAUCUAUGUCAAUGCUAAGCAAUACCGCGGAAUCAUCCGGCGCAGACAAUCCCGUGCAAAGGCAGUCAUGGAAAACAGAGCAGCUAGACUCCGUAAGCCAUACAUGCAUGAAUCACGCCAUCUUCAUGCCAUGCGCCGACCAAGGGGGUGUGGUGGUCGUUUUCUGAACAGCAAGACUUCGAACAACGGGAAAGGUGGAAAUGGAACUAAGCAAGUUGGCGAUGUGCAGCUGUUCAGGCACUCCGGUUCUCAGAGCUCUGAAGUCCUGCACUCUGAAACUGGAACUUUGAACUCAUCAAAGACAAAUAGCAGCAGUUCCAACAUAUCAGGCUCAGAGGUGACCAGUACGUACUCUAGGGGAGAUCUUGAUCAUUUUUCAAUGAAUCAUCAUCUCGGACACUCUGUGCAUUCUCUGUCAAACAUGAUGGAUGGUACGCGUGGCAUGGUUAUGCCCACGAAAUGGAUUGCAGCAGUUGAUAACUGCUGCAACCUCAAUGUCUGAUAGCAAGCGAAAGAUGGGGUUGGUGCUAACUUGUUACAUUAACCCCAUCUUUUCUGCGACCAAAUGGAGAAGCUUAGUUGCAGUUACCGUAUGGUUAUUGCAACAGGUUCGGGUUCUAAGGAUCGUCCUGCCACCAUUUGGUUGCUAUCAGAAGGCAACUCAUUCUUGGCUCGUGUGCAUACGGGGUGUUUACUUCCAUUCCAAGCAUUUCUGCUGUUCGGUUGGCUAGUGAAAACCCCCAAUGCAUCACAAAUUACUUAAGUAGACUUCAUCUAUAGGGCUCUCUUCCCUUAUAUCAGAAUAAGAACCAGAGUGUCUGGGAUUGGUAUGUGAUUGUGACCUAAACAUAUCAUAGAUUGUUGUGUAUUGCUAGGGUGUAAUACUAGAGUAUCUGGAUUUUUGACCUCGUCAAGUGGUGUAAUGUACUAAUAUAUAACUGAAUG